AUGUUCCCCGUAAAAUCACUUCUGAAACUAUCGUUACCUGGUGGAGAGUUUGUAUCAAACUAUCAAAGGAUGGUCAGACUGCUAUCAUUGGCGGGGGUGCAAACUGCGUCGGCUUCUCUACACCGGCUCUGGGAAGCGGCACGCUUAGCUCCAGGGCCACUACGGAUUCAUGGCUUAUCAAGUCAUCUCAGCCCGCCUCUCGCUCCCGAGUGGCGAACUUGUCACUGUGUCGGAGAAUUGCAAUACGUCCUUAAAGUUUUGAAUGUUCUAAAUGUUUUUAUUUUACAUCCUCCUUCGAGAGCCCUUCCUCUGAGAAUCCUCAUCAAAAUAUUAUACACAUUCAGAUCUCUAAAAACUCUUCAACUUCUUCAUCUUUCAGAUCUUAGACGUCUCAGCUGUUGA